GGUAGCUCAGGGAGGGCCCGGGCACCGCUCCCGCCCCCUUGCCCCGGGCCCCCUUUCCUCCCCCGGCUCUGCAGACCCCGGCGGCGGCUCCCGCGGCGCGGCGCGGCGGGCGGGGCGGUGCGAGGCGCGGUGCAGCCCGGCGGCGGCCGCGGGGGAGCGCGGCUGCGGCAGCCCCCGCCUGCUACGGGGCACGGCCGUGCUGGACGAGGGGAGUGGGCGGCGGUCCCGGCCCGGGCGCUCCGCACCUCUGCCGAGCUUGGCCGGCCCAGAAGGGCAGCCGAGAGUUCAGCAUGCAGGAAGUUUUGAGGCAGCUCGGAGAGUAGCGCGGUGGAGGUGACCCCUGCUUUGCGUGCUCUGGGGUUUUGUGCUUUUUUUUGCGGGGAUUGUGCCUUCUCCCCCCUCCCUCUCCCCCCCCCGCCUCCAACUCCCCCAAACACACAAGCAACCCGCAACAAUCAUAAAGUCGGUAAGGGGGAAAAGAACACGAGCGAGGGAAGGACCCUCGGCGGGAGAGGAGAGCCCGUUUCUUCGCAGAGACACGGUCCCGCUCGCUGCUGGUCCCAAUGCAACUGCUCAUCCUCCUCCUGCUCUACGCCGUCGUCUGUGCGAACUUCUGCAGCCGUCAGGGCACCACCGCCCCUGCCCAGAGCGGAUCUAUAAAAGCCCUGCGGGCUUCCAACAUCAGGCGAGAUGAGAGCAAUCACCUCACAGACUUGUACCGAAAAGAAGAGACCAUCAGCGUGGCAGGGAACGACUGCAUCCACAGUCCUCGCUUCCCCAGCAGCUACCCCAGGAACCUCCUGCUGACGUGGCGGCUCCACUCCCCAGAGAGCACCAGGAUCCAACUGGCUUUUGAUAAUCAGUUUGGGCUGGAGGAACCCGAAAAUGAGAUCUGCAGGUAUGACUUUGUGGAAGUGGAAGAUGUGUCAGAGACCAGCACAGUUAUUCGAGGACGGUGGUGUGGACACAAGGAAGUACCUCCAAGAAUAACAUCAAGGACAAAUCACAUUAAGAUAACCUUCAAAUCCGAUGACUACUUUGUAGCAAAACCUGGAUUCAAGAUAUGUUACUCUCUUGUGUGUAGCUCGAAAGAGGCAGAUUUUGCAAACACUCAGGAAAUGGAUGAUUUUCAGCAUGCAGCCUCAGAAACCAACUGGGAGUCAGUCACAAGCUCUGUCUCAGGGGUAUCCUAUCCCUCUCCAUCAGUGACUGACCCUACGCUCACGGCAGAAGCACUGGAUCAGACCAUUGCUGCCUUUGACACGGUGGAGGAUCUGCUCAAACACUUUAACCCGGACUCCUGGCAAGAAGAUCUUGAGAAUCUGUACACAGACAGUGGGCACCAUUAUCGAGGCAGGAGCUACCAUGACAGGAAGUCCAAAGUUGACCUGGACAGGUUGAAUGAUGAUGUGAAGCGUUACAGCUGCACUCCGAGGAACUACUCUGUCAAUUUAAGGGAGGAGCUGAAGCUGACAAAUGUCGUUUUCUUCCCCCGCUGCCUCCUUGUCCAGCGCUGUGGCGGAAACUGUGGCUGUGGGACUCCAAACUGGAAAUCCUGCACCUGCAUGUCAGGGAAAACAGUGAAAAAGUAUCAUGAGGUGCUGAAGUUCGUCCCUGAGGCUGGGCAUGCCAGAAGAAGAGGCAGAAUCAGGAACAACAUGUCCUUGGUAGACAUACAGCUAGAUCACCAUGAGCGUUGUGAUUGUGUCUGCAGUUCAAGACCACCCCGAUAAAAAAGGAAAAACAAAGAAAGAAAAUUAAAAACCAGACACACUAAUUGUCCAUCUUACUGGACAUUUACUUUGAAGCAGGAUUGCUCUGCGGACCUUUACUCUGUAAUUAUUUGAAAUUUGCUACUAGCCUGCCUUUGCAAUUAGUAAAAAUCAUUGCUGUGCUGAUUAGUGUCAUGGCAACUAAACAGAUAUAUCAUACAUUUAUGUAUCAGCAUCCAAGAAUUUAGGAUUGUGGUUAUCUAUAGCUAGAUUCUGAGGGUUGAGAUUUGAAAAGCUCAAUUGCAGUCCUUAGGCACACAAUGCCCACUGAAUUUAAAUACCAGGUAUGUAGUUAUUUGUGGUAGCUGGCAAUGAAAUAGCAUCGUGUUUCUGUUUCAAUCACCAGUUCCUACACUCAAAUUCCGCUCCCAUUUCUACCUCCUCAGCUCUCCUGAUGGUAGGUAGGGUUUUAUGGUGGGUAUAAAUGAGGAGAGAAUUUGAUCCUGUAGGAGUCAAAAUGGUUUGCCCCACUCUUAGAGGGAACUUCCCAGCAUUUUUGCCCAACAGCGUGAGAUAGAAUGCUUAAAAUCCAUCAUUACAUAAAAUCACACCAUCAGUAAAGUCAAAUCUCACUGCUUGUACUCGAGCAAAUCUUGUGCUGAAAUUAGUCGACGCUUUGCAUGAGCCAGGACACUGAGGGUGGUAGGGGGUGCUGAGGCUGGCACUAUUGCCGUGGUGGCUACAUGGCAGCCAUCACCCAAGUGCUUCUGCAAGAGGGGGCUCCUGCCAGCUCCCCAGGUUAAUACCUGUGGACUGGACCUGAUUUUGGUCACUACGUACCUGAUCUGGAUUCCUGCCCCUUGCCCAGAGCAGCCCCACAGUUGCCCAAGAUGAGCCCCCUCUAUACAAGAAGGGAGAGAAAGCCCUCCCCUUGGAGGGGAUGAAGAUAGGGCACUUCUUUGUUGAAAAUAUUGAUUUGUUUUGCAGUUGUGUUAUUGGGAAACAAAACUGUGUUUGAGAUUUAAUUAUCUUUAUUUGGUUUGGGGUUUCUUUAUUUGUUUUUUAACUUUGUCAUAUAUGCAUUAAUCUUAGUUAUCUGAGGUUAGUUGUCUCAUUCCAGCUCUCUGUAUUGCCAUGGUUAAAGUGUUGACAGUGAAUUUCUUUUUUUUUAAAUUGCAUUUUGCUGAAGCAUAUUAAGUCAUUAAGUACUGUCUGCCAGUCAUGGAAAAUGUGCAUCAUUUAUUAACUUCCAGAAGAAUAUUACUAAAUACCACCUCAUAAUAAAAUUAGUACUUUAAAAGCUACAGCAUAGCUUCCUAUGCCUUUUAAACUAUUACAAAUGUGCUCUAGCUGAAAAACAAAUAAGAUCCUUCCAAACUAGCUUUAAGGAUUUUCAAAUGUUGCUCCAAAAAUGUAAAAACGAGGCAGAUUUAAGUUUCACAAAGAAUUCGAGUUUUGAUCAUGAAUGUAACAGCAGGAAUAGGGUGUCACAUUUAAUGGCUGAGGGUUUAUCUUUUAUAGUAGACAUCGGCUGCAUCAAAGCAUCUUGUCUGUGUGCUCUUGUCUUUCUGUCUCUCUGAAGGAGUGAAGUAGGUUGACAGUAAUGCAGUAUAAAUAGUGGAAAAUGGCAUGUGCUAUAAAAUACAAGGCCUUCAAACCAGUAUGUUUUAGUACUCUACAGGUUUUUUACAAAAGCACCCUAAUGUUCUCAUUUUCCGUCUUCAUCAGCUCAAGUAUUUUGUAAGUGCUUUUUUAUAAUUUUAGCAAAACUUUGCUGAAAGAGCCCUUAGAAAUGUUGUGUUACUUUCUUUCCUGUACUUUAACCUUGGAGAUUCAGAAAGUGUGGGGGUUUUAUUAUUUAUAUUAAUUUUCCUCUCUGGCUCCCAGAUGUCUGUUUAAAAAUGCUCCUGAAUGCUUUCUUGGGAAGUGAUUCAUCAUUUUUCAAAGCAAUUCACAUUUAAAGAACAGCCCUGUAACCAAAGAUUACCACCUUCAUUUUGUAGUUCAGGACUAUUUAAAGAAAUCUCAUUCUUUUUCUGUUUCUAGCUUAAUAACAAGAUUGACCCAGCCCUUCCAUAAGUUUUAGCUAAGUUUGGAAUAAAUUUGCAUGCAAGACCUUGGUGAUACAGAUUGUUUUUGCAAUACUGUACACCUGUUUGUAUCUCUGACUGAAUCAUGCCCAAGCACUCUGAUUUCAUAGUUAGCAUUGGUUGCAGGAUACACAAUUUUCACAAGGCUUUGUGCUCUAAGUGGUCCUUUGAUUCCCACCCUCCAAGGGAAACAGGCAGCAGGCAGUGCUGCACCAGGCGCGUGCCAUGCAGCACCGACUGCUUGCCCACCCCAACAGCCCCGGGUUGUGAGGGGCACUUGUGCCUCCUGACUGGGGGGAUUCAGCCUUGGCUGGGAGCCUGAGUUACCCUUAGAGGCAACUGGGAGAGGCUCUCCCGUAGUGUGCCUUAGUCCAAAGGUUGAAAUCACAUUGGAGCAUUUCUUUCUCUCCUUUGACUAUAUAGAAAGAUUAGAAAUUUGAUUUGGACAUCUAAGUGGGAUACACAGAGGUAGAUAAUAUGAAUACUCCUUUAAAAGACUGAACAGCUGAGAAUUCAGCUGAGUUUAAGUAAAGGCAGCAUUGGAUGUGCCAGGGUUCAACAGAAAAAUUCAGAUGCAAAGUCAAAAAAAAGUCCUCUUACUUAAUGAUAGGUUUACCUUCUUUAAUAUAAGCUAAGCUUGUCACAAAGUUUGAAGUAUUACUCCUGGGACACUUACUAAUUAAUGGAACCAUUCACUGCUUCCUGCUGCCAUACAGACACCAUGCUCCCAGCCAGUGCAGGAGUGUCAAGGAUGGGCUUCAUGUGGCAGUGUGGGGAUGAUGACAUACAUGUGAACUAAGAAAAACUCCCCGAAACCCAAGCCCUGAAAUGCAGUGACCCUGGAGAACCCAAAAAAACAGUAAAAUUUUUCCUUUUUAUUUAUUAGCAGAAAUUGCAAAGGUGUAUCUUCAUACUUUUUUCCUCUUUUGUCUUUGUAUAAUUGUUAUGUUGUUUACAUGCUAUUUUAAUUUAAAGAGCAAAGAUUAAAAAAACCUAAUCUGGUUCAGUUUUAUUUGUGGAAUUGGAAAGCACCAAAAUAAAUACAUUAUCAAAGGCAAUUCAGAAAGAUUCCUAAUUUCAAACCACUCAUCAGCUUUUUAUUUACUAUAUUCUUCUGGGAUAGAGCCUACUUUCUCAAGUGCAAUCUAUGUAUAUUAUUUUUAUCUCAGUUAAAUGCAGCUUUCAUAGCAGUACUUUUUACUUGAUGCAGUAUGUAAUGUGUCUUAUCAUGAUGAAAAAAUAAAUACUGCUUUUGAAAGAA